AUGGACCUUCCGCAUGUGAUCACCGAGGAUGAAAGAAACAACCACCUGUUCAAAAUAGGGAAAGUCAGCUCAUUCAUUGUUGGCAAGUGUAGAACCCCUUUAACUAUGGCCAGGAAGUUUCUAUUGAUGAAGCUAUGAUACUUUAUGAGGAAAGAUUCGCAAUCAAGGUGUGA